GAGCCUUGGUACCACGGAGUAAAGGUGGAGCUGGUAUGUCAGGCAGACGUGCCUCUUGAACGACCAUCUUCUUUGCUGUCCAGCCUGGGAGGAAGAGGAGGAGCCAUGGCCCAUCAAGCUGUAGAAGAAGUGGAACCUGGUGAAUGCCAGCAGACGCAACCACCGCAGGCACUGGAGGAGACCUCCAAGCAGAUGGCAGCUUGGGCAUUUGCUCGGCAGGUCUUGGCUGAGCUUGGUGACUCGGUCUUGAGCAACCUUUGUGAGAGCGACUGUCCUUGUGACCCGACUGAGAGAGCUCUUGAGACCGACUCCCUUCCAUGGCUGAUGGCAGAAGUGGAGAAAACAUUGGCAGAGAAGGCUCUGGGGAGGACAGAGCUUGGCGGCAAGUCUCCAAACCUUGAAAUGUGGGGCCUCUCCAGCCGAGGGAGCGCUGAGCUCGUCCAGCGCGAGGCAUCGCCUCGGGCCGCUUGCACCAAAACAGAGGUGUUUGUCGAGGGGCGCCUCAAGCGUGCAGGCCUCAGCGCUCCGCACCCAGAAUACAGACUUCCCUCAUAG